AUGGCCUCACCACUUCCUCAGACCACAAUGUCGAACCAUCCGUCAUGGCGGCUUCUGCCCGUCACAGCCCCGGAUAUCCCCACAUUGCUGGUCUCGGCUACCUUUACAAAAGAUUCGUAUCACUUUCGCCUCACAGAUCUCGCCAAUGUCUGGGUAGAAAACAUGGAGAGAAAGCCCAUCAUCAAGCGUGGAUUAAUGGAGGAUACCAGCAUUGAUCCCAGUGAUGGGCCCGACCAGAUCCGCCGCAUGCUCGAGCUGCUUCGAGCUGCCUUCGACCACGAUGACCCCGAGCAUUCGGACACAUCACUGACUCUGGCAAGAGAUGACGACAACGACUCCCUUGUACUCCAUGUCACCUGCGUUCUGCCCCAACCGUUGAAGCCCUUCAAAUGGCCGAUGGAACUCAAAAAAUGCCCGCAAUCCAACCUUGCAACUGAACUGGUGCUACCCAUGGUCCAGGCCCACGAAGCCAAACUGCGCGAGAUUGAUCAGCUGAUAUCAGCCCUGUGCGAGAAGGACGGAAUCAUCACACGGCUUGUCGACAAGCUCGAAGCUACUGGCACCGGGCUUGAGCACGUGUUCAAUUCGCUGUCCGGGAAGCGCAGAGUCACAAGAGCCGCCGCCGAAGCGAACGUGAAAGGUCUCGCCCCUUUCUCGGAGGCGGAGUUCCGGAAUAGCACUUCGGAGCUGCGUUCUGUCGCUCAGCCCUCUGACGUGUCGACCCUCUUGGAGGACGUCUUUGGUACCACGGGCCUGACGUACAAGUCGGACCUUGAUCUUGAAGCUUCCGCCACGCUGAACGAUUGGUGGACCAGGAUUGGAAAGGGGAAACACGUUGCCCUGGUCGGCAAGCCCAGCAAGAAGAAAGCCCGGACGCCCUCGCCCCCACCGGCCACAGAGCCCAAGGUGAAGGAGGAGGAUGUGGACGACUUUCAGGUUCAAGUUACUCCUUCUGCCGUUCGGAAGCGUGACACCCGGGCGCGACCUCAACUGGAGACGACCAACGAUGAUGAGACGUCUUCCGGGGAAGAUGAAGACCAGCCGGUCGUGCCAUCUGCUCGGAAAGACCAUGCCCCGUCCCCGAGCAAGGCAGCCAAAUCCCGAAUCGGGGUUUUGGGCGGCCGCAAAGCUUCGUCCACUUCACCAGUAACACGCCAGACACCCCCCAGGAAAGCUGCUUCCAAAAAAGCACCGGGUUCCUACAAUGACUCGGAGACGGCUUCAGAUGAUGACGAGAAGGACCAAGGCCACUCACCUUCGCCACCCCCUAAACAACUUCCGAACCGCGGCGGACUGGGCCGCAUUGGAGGAAAGGCCAAGCCAGACCCGCCAUCACCGGAACCGAAAGAAAUCACUUCGCCGGCGCAAGUGGACGACAGACCUAGCCCGGCACCGAAGAGACACAAGCUUGGUAUCAUCGGAAGACAUACCCCGAACCCGGAUGCCGGAGCAUCGGCCGCUAGCGACGAUGGUAGAGGAAGGAGCAAGAGCAAGACGCCAGCCAAGGAUCAGUAUCGCGAAACCUCGCAGGAACGAGCUGAAAGGAAACGGGCCGAGUUGCAAAGAGAACUGGAGGCUCGAGCAGCAGCUGGGCCCGCAAAGAAGAAGCGCAAGUUUUAG